AUCGGUAUUAUCAUCGAUAGAACUGCAGCCAAACCGCAGCCGAACAACAAAAAACAUUUGUUUCAAUUAUAAAAAUGUUUGCUACUUGGUGUCAACAUCAAGCAUCCUCCGUUUAAACAGUUUAGAUAGCAUCAAAUUACUCGACUUGUGUAUUCCCAGCCGUAGGGCCGGAUUGUGCAUUUAACCAAAACACAAUAUUGCAACAUUUUCACAGUUCAGGCCUUAAACCAUUUGGUUAGCAUCGCGCAACCAGGACCAGGACCAGGACCAGGACAUGGCUGAGAAGGACAACAAAGAUAGCACACAGUGCGCCGUCUUUGACCAGACGCCUGGCUCCCAGCAAAAGAAAAUCAAUGUAGUCGUACGUGCCCAUUUUACGGUGAAGCACGUCAUCACGCUGAUCGGCACACAGUUUGCAUAUGGAAAAUUCGAGCUGCUGCUACAGCCGCACGGCGAGAAAGAUUUGAUUUAUCUGAAUACUCUGGAUACCCAGCUGCUGUAUGAUGUGCCUGGCUUUGAGCCGAAGCUUAAGAAUAACCUGGUGCUGCUGCCAGAGGGCACGUGGGAUGGCAAUGUAGCCAAACGCUAUGAUUUGACCAUUAAAAAAUCAGCUUCAACAAUUAGCAAGCAGCCAGACACAACAGAGAACACGACAACGACAAACACUGCAACAAUAACAACAACAACAACAUCGACAACGACGAUAAAAACCGGCGAGAAAAAGAAGCGCACGACUACAACAACGGGAGAGAAGAAGAAAAAGUCGCCGAGCAAAACGAAGACCAGCGUCAGUCCCACAAAUGAAACGGCAGCUGAGUUAGGGACAGAAGGCACGGCCACGGCCACGGCCACGAUCACACCCACAACGCCUAGCAAGAUCAGUACAAAAGUGAAAACCAAAACCAUCGAAAACAAUGACACUGCUGUGAAGAGUACAGAUCAGGUGGAUGAAGGUGUGAAGCUACAAAGUGCAACAAACAGCUCUGCUGCUGACAUAGCUGAAAACGCGCUAACCAAAGUUAAAAAAAGCGAACAGCCCAAGGAGGAGCUGCCGCAAAAUAGUAUCCUCAUAUCAUCCACUGAUGAUGUGGCCCCAGAGCUGUUUAAUGUAAGUCCUGUCUCGGAUGCUGAACAGCUGUCGGACGAUGAUCUAGCAUUGGGCGCAUCGGCGAGUCCCACGCUCUUGAGCCCAGCUUACGACUACGGUAACGCCGGACCAUCGGAGCUCGAUCUGUUAACCGGCACUGACACUGACACCGAUCCCCUGGAACCCAACUUUGAAAGAGAAGUGGCGUAUUAUUGCUCACUUGCAUCGCGCAAGUUCGGAGGUGAUGAGGCAUCAUGGCAGCGCAUCACUACCAGCGCCGCCGACUUUGUGGCCUCGGCUAAUACAGAAACAGAGACGCAUCGAAAUGGGGUUGCACCUCGAGCAUAUGUCGGAUUGGUCAAUCAAGCAAUGACUUGCUACCUAAACAGUUUACUCCAGGCGCUCUAUAUGACGCCCGAGUUUCGUAAUGCUCUGUAUCGCUGGGAAUUUGACAAUGACAACGAGGCCAAGAAUAUACCCUACCAGCUGCAGAAGCUGUUCCUCAAUUUGCAAACAUCGUCUAAAUCAUCGGUGGAGACGACAGACUUGACGCGGAGCUUUGGUUGGGAUUCGACAGAGGCUUGGCAGCAGCAUGAUAUCCAGGAGCUGUGUCGUGUCAUGUUCGAUGCGCUGGAGCAUAAAUUUAAGAACACAAAGCAGGCAAAUCUUAUAUCCACUCUGUAUGAGGGAAAAAUGAACGAUUAUGUUAAGUGCUUGGAGUGCAAUACGGAAAAGACGCGUGAGGAUACUUUCCUCGAUAUACCUCUGCCAGUUCGUCCAUUUGGCAGCAGUUCCGCCUACGGCAGCAUCGAGGAGGCGUUGCGUGCAUUUGUGCAGCCCGAGACUCUCGAUGGCAACAAUCAGUAUCUAUGCGAGAAGUGCAAAAAGAAAUGCGAUGCCCACAAGGGACUGCAUUUCAAAUCCUUUCCCUACAUACUGACGCUGCACCUGAAGCGCUUCGACUUUGAUUAUCAGACAAUGCAUCGCAUCAAACUGAAUGAUAGGGUAACCUUUCCGCAAAAACUAAAUCUGAACAGCUUUGUAAAUCGCAAUGGACAGGGCGAGCAGUAUCAGAUGAAUGGCACCAGCAGUGUGGACGAUUGCAGUACUGCAGACAGUGGCUCUGCCAUGGAUGAGGACAACAUAAGCAGCGGUGUGGUAACCACGGCCAGUUCCAGUCAGCAUGAAAACGAUAUUAAUUAUGAGGACGAGGGUAUCGACAUGAGCAGCAGCACCGGCAAAAGCGCAAAUAUGGAGGCGAGACUUAAGCAGGAGUUACUGUCGGGUCCAUAUCUCUAUGAGCUAUUUGCCAUCAUGAUACACUCGGGCAGUGCUUCAGGCGGCCAUUACUAUGCUUAUAUCAAAGACUUUGAGAAUGACGAGUGGUUCUGUUUCAAUGAUCAGAAUGUAUCCACGAUCACACAAGAGGACAUUCAGCGCUCAUUUGGCGGCCCCAAUGGCAGCUAUUACUCUAGCGCCUAUACGUCCAGCACGAAUGCUUAUAUGCUUAUGUAUCGACAGGUAGACGCCAAGCGAAACGAGCAUGCGGCCAAGUGUAAUGACUUUCCAGAACACAUCAAAUCUCUUCUGCCUAAACUACAUGCCGAGGAGGAUACGCGCGCCUCUCGUCUGGGAAGGCAUAUCACUGUAACAGAUCUGGCUCUACCAAAUAUGUACAAGGCCCGCGUCUACUUCUACAAUCCGUCGCUUAAGAAGCUGGAGAUGACACGUGUAUUUCUGUCGCAGAAUUUCGAUGUGAAUAAGGUUCUUAUGUCGGCCCACGAUAUGCUCAAUGUGGAGCAGUUUGCGCCGAUCUCACGCUGUCGCUUGGUUGCAUACGAUUCGUCCAUGGACACAAUCAUACAGUCACUCGAGAACUGCACUGAUCCGGCAUUAACGGAGCUGCGUUCCUCACAUAACUGCAAUUUGGACUUUUUGCUGGAGUAUAGGGCCGAGGAUCAGCAGUUUGAAAAUUAUCCCAGCGAUGGCACUACGUGGUAUGUUUUUAAGGUAGAUCUCUCGAACAUGGCGAUGGACGGUCCCUUCCUGGUUUAUUCAGCAGCGCUGGAGUCAGGCGACGUGUUGCGUCGCUCGAUUGCAAUACGUUUGCACAUUAACGAGCAGAAUAUCGUGGUUGCCACUGUGCGCUGCAAGGCGUUCGUUGCGUACGAUCCCCAACCGACUCUGGAGAUGCAACAACAGCUAGAGCAAUUGGCCAACUCGCAAUUCAAAUACAUCACAUACUUUUACUUAAAUGUGCCUAACACUGAUGCCAGCAGUCUCGAGAUGCUGGGCGUGCCCAGCAGCGAGCCCAUUGCCACUCCCAUCGAGACCACCAAUGGCAGCGCCGGCAGCGAUGUAGUGGACGCUUCUAUGAUGAACGGCAUCAGCGGCACAAACGGCACGGCAACGCCCGAAGCUGUUAGCGCCGGCAACAACGACUGUGAUUGGCGUCGUUAUAAGCGCGAUCAGCCAGAUUCGCUGGCGCUAGCGACGUCCGGCCAUGAGUCCAACUCGGAGGACAGCAGUCUGAGUGAUGGUGACCGCACGCUGGUCGAGAAUAGCUUACAGCAUCGCGGGGGCGGUGAUAGCCAAAUAAGUUCUACCAGCCAUUCACCACAACUGUCCAGUCCCGAAGACGAGGCCGCCUCCCAUGAUACCAUGAUGCGCGUACACGCUUACUGCAAUGGCAAUGGCAGCUAUGGUAGCGAAGCGGGCGACACCAACUCAUUGCCAGCCAGCACAACUACUCACUUUUUUCAUGCCAUCAAAAUCGAUUGCGUGGAUAUGGCUGCCAGCAACAGCACAAGUGGCCAUCAAUCCGAUGACGAAGUUCAACUGCGUAAGCCAACGCACGCUUAUAAACUUCUCGUGGGCACUCAUAUGCGUAUGAGCACCUUCGAGCGACACAUUGAGCAGCUGAUACGUGUGCCUAGCGCCUACUUUAAGUUACAACGCAAGCAUAAUAAUACUUUAUCCAAUGAUCAGACCAAUUCGCUGGUAUUUCUGAACGAGGGUGAGACGCUGACAGUUGAGCUCGGCAAGACACUGCAACCGUUCGAGUACAAGUCAAAGAUAUUUUUCUUGCGUCUGUCUGAUCUGGACAAUGAGACCGCCAAGCUGCCAUGCGUCUGUGAGUGGGUGUACAAUACCACAACCACCGUAGAGCAGGCCAAACAGGAGCUGGUCGCCAAACUGCAUCGCAUCGAUGCAAAAUACACCUCCCUCACCGUUGACAAUUGCCGCAUCUGGCUGAAAGGCGGUCGCUGUCCGAUUAAAAUACUCGCGGAUGAUGAAACACUAUACAGCGAUAUGCGCACAGGUUCCCUAGAGUUCAUUGUGCAAGAGUGUGAGGAGGGCGUAGUGGCGCAGCCAAAGGACGAUGCUUUAACUAUAUUCGUGCGUCGCUGGUAUCCAGAAAAAUGGGAAUUCGGAAAAUUCCAGGAAAUCACAAUAGACAAGGACAGCGAAAUUAGACGUUGUUUAUCACAAAUAUGCAAUAUUACUGUUGACCGAUUGAGUUAUAGAAAGCUUAAUAGCUAUUUUCCCUGCACAAGCAUAUCGGCAGUUAGCGUUAAUGAGGCCGUUAACUGGAUGUCUGUGCCCGUCGGUUUGGACAUGUAUCCGCUGAACACGACGCAAAACGGCAACAUGUAUUUGUAUAAAGAUAAGAACGCGCCGGUUCGAGAGCUGUCGGCAGAUGAGCGUCGCUCAUUGACCAAUAAGGAGAAGGCGCGCCUGGACCGACUCGGUUGCAUUUCAACGCCGCGCUACUCUCAUCGUCGUGAACGAGCGCUAAAGAUCUAUUUAGAUUCGCCGGAGAAGCCCAGCAAUGUAACCGCCUCGGCGCCGAUAGAUGCACAUGCCGACAACUAAUAGCCUGAAUGGCACUAUCAUCAUCGUUGUCGUUUUACCCCGCUCCCUCGCUGGCUGUUGUAGACUUGCUUGUUAUAUAACCAGAUCCAGCAAAUACAUGCAACAUGUAUUCCAGCUAACACAAAUGCAAUUGAUUGAAAUCGACGACUCCAUCGACGGCGCAUCUCUCUCCACUUUGGUUGCACAUUUUAUUUCGCAUAUCUCGCGAGCGCACUUCUCGUUCUCAUAAUUCACUAUUCAUACGAUCAUUCGUAGCAAUUGUAAUAUGUAAUUUGUUUUGUUGUUUAAUUUUGUUGGCACAAUUUCGUGUGACGUGUCGGUAUGGAGAGUUCGCGGAUGGGGCUGUUGGGAAAGAGUGUGUGGAAUGGGUGUCCUAGUAACAUUAACGAUAACAACAAAUAUUCUUGCUACUUUUGUAAACAAGAGUUCAGAGAUGAGACUGUGUACAAUUUUAAUUACAUGCAAGAAAUUCAAACACAAAAAACAUAAAGAUUGUGA